GAGGGCGCGUGGACCUGGAGGUCUCCGCCCCCGGCCCGCCGCCCCCAGCCCCCGGGGGCCGAGCCGACCAGCCCCUCCCCCUUCCGGGAGGGGCCGGGGCGGGGCUUUCCCCAGGGGCCAGGCCGAGGCAUCCCGAGUUGGCGCGGGCCGGGGCCGGGCGCCCGGCGAUUACGGCUGGGUGGGCGGGUGCCCAGGGUAUUGGGGUCAGGGUGGCAUUAGCGCAGCUCAAGCCGGGCUGGGCUGACUCAGCGCCUGGCCCCGACAGCCCGUCCCUGCCAACCCUGCGCUUCCCGGGGCGGAGAUGGGAGAUGGCGCCCGUGCUGCCCCUGGCGCUGCCGCUCCAGCCCCGCAUCCGGCUGGCGCAGGGGCUCUGGCUCCUGUCCUGGGUGCUGGCGCUGGCCGGUGGCCUCACCCUCCUGUGCAGCGGGCACCUCCUGGUCCAGCUGUGGCACCUUCGCACCUUCUUGGCUCCCUCCUGCCCGUUCUCGGCCCUGCCGCAGGUGGCCCUGGGCGCGGGAGCUGUGGCUCUGUGCACCGGACUGGCGGGCGCGGGAGCCAGCAGGGCCAGUUUGGACGCAGCUCAAUACCCGCCCUGGCGAAGGGUCCUGGGCCCCCUGCUGGUGGCUGGCACGGCUGGGGGUGGCGGGCUGCUGGUCCUCGCCCUGGCGCUAGCCUUAGCUCUCCCUGGAAGUCUGGACACGGGGCUGGAGGAGGGCCUGGGCGCUGCCAUGGCUCACUACAGGGACACACAGGUGCCUGGGCACUGCCACAACAAGCGGCUGUUGGAUGAGUAGCAACUGAUGCACUUUGCUGCAGGAGUCAUGAGUUCAAGGUAUAGUAAAGAUAUCAAGGGAUUCGAAUAAUUUAUCACGAAUACAAUAUACAUACACCCUAACACCUGCCCCUCCCUUUGCAGCCGGAUCCAGAGCAAUGUGGAAGGCCUAUAUCUGAUUGACGGAGUCCCUUUUUCCUGCUGCAACCCCCACUCACCCAGGCCUUGCCUGCAAGACCGGCUCUCAGACCCCCACGCCCACCCCCUCUUCGAUCCCCGUCAGCCCAACCUAAACCUCUGGGCUCAAGGAUGCCACGGGGUGCUGCUGGGGCACCUGCAGGGGCUGGCGAGCACACUGGGCAGCCUGCUGGCUGUCACCUUCCUGCUGCAGACUCCGGUGCUCCUGGGCCUGCGGUACCUGCAGACGGCACUGGAGGGGCUUGGAGGAGUCAUCGAUGGGGCAGGGGAGACCCAGGGCUAUCUCCUGCCUGGGGGGCUGAGACACAGGCUGAGAACAGCCUGGCUGCAGGGAGGGGCUGCCCACAGGCCAGCGCCCGGGGAGGCCCCUCCAGAAGAGGCACCGCCUGGCGAGGAUCCACCUGAGGCCUAGUGGCCUGGAGCUGGGGCUGGGGGUCGGGCAGAGGGAGAAGGGGUGGAGAAGCAGGAAACCUCACAACUCUUUUGCCAAGGCCCCUGGUGGGGAAGUUGGGGGGGGGGGGGUCCCUGGGAUUAGAGCGGUUAAGAAUAACUAGCAAGCUGGACGGGGUAGGAGAAAAAGUGAGGGGUCCAGAGGGCCUAGCCCCUGUGGCCAGAACAGCCCAG